UGAAUCCAGCAGGGAGCUUGUUUCAUGCAGAGUUCUACACAGGUAAACAGUGACUCCUUCUCAUAGCACAAGGCUACCUGCAGGCGGGAGGGGGUUGGGGGGAGCUGUCCCCUCCCCUGCUCCUCUAUGCAAUGCUCACUGUCACAGUUUGGCGGCAGAGAAAUUCAGCAGAAGAGGAGCAUUGCUGCUUGUGUGUCUCUGAGCAACCUGUGGCUGGUGUCUCCUACUGAAUCCCAGCUUUUUAUUGGAGACCUCGUUGCUUACUAGGAGGAUAGAAGCCACCUGCAGCGAGAAUUCCAUUGAGCUGACUGUGAGAUGUUUUAGACUCUGUUUUCCUUGCAGUCAGCUAGGGAGAAGGUUUGGAGAAUGGGGUCUACGUUUCCACGCAUUCCAUGAAUGGGUCCACAGGGCAGUCAACGAUUAUAGCUCAAGUGGCAGGACCAGCACACAACAGGAUGAGUUGGGGAGAAGCCCAGAGAUCCCUGGGAACUGAGACUGUGAUUUGUAGAGGCUGCUGGUGACAUAUCUUCCACACUUGGAGACCCCACUGCAAGUUAUUCCCUAUAAGGCACAGUUAUGGCCAGAAAUACUGCCCUGUAUUUUAGGCUUGUGGAGGGAAAGAACCUACCAGCUAAAGAUGUGUCUGGCACCAGUGAUCCUUACUGCAUAGUCAAGGUGGACAAUGAAGUUGUGGCCCGCACAGCCACUGUCUGGCGGGACCUGAACCCGUUUUGGGGUGAGGAGUUCACCUUGCACCUCCCUCUUGGCUUCCAUACACUGUCCUUCUAUGUGAUGGAUGAAGACACAAUUGGGCAUGAUGAUGUCAUCGGCAAGAUUUCACUCAGCAAAGAAUAUAUCGCAUCACAACCUCGAGGUAUAGACAGCUGGAUUAACCUGAGCCGUGUAGAUCCAGAUGAAGAGGUCCAGGGGGAGAUUUAUCUUGAGUUACAUAUAAUGCAAGACCAACAUAAAAGCAACCUCCACUGUCACGUUCUAGAAGCCAGAGAUCUAGCACCUCGGGAUAUCUCUGGAACUUCAGACCCCUUUGUACGGAUUUUCUGCAACAAUCAAACCCUUGAAACUACCGUAAUUAAAAGAACACGUUUCCCCAGAUGGAAUGAGGUACUGGAAUUUGACCUAAGAGGAAUUGAAGAGUUGGAUCCUGGAGACCAAAUGAUUAGCAUAGAGGUUUGGGACUGGGACAUGGUUGGAAAGAAUGACUUCCUGGGUCGUGUAUGGUUCCCCUUGGAGCCCCUGCAAAGAAACCCUGCUGUGACUGGCUGGUUCCGUCUCCUGCCUUUUGGAAACACGGAGGAGGAGAAUGGAGGGAAGCUUGGGUCCCUGCGUGUCAAGGUAAAUCUAUCAGAAGAGCGAAUCCUGCCCUCUGUUUACUAUCAGAACCUCAUCCAGCUGCUUGUGGAAUCUGUUCAAUCAUCUGACCAGAGUGAAAGCAGUUUGGUUGCACUCCUGGAAGAGAUGUGCUCUGCAGAGAGUCGUCAGGAAGUAGCUGUAAAGCUGGUGAAGAUUUUCCUAGGGCAAGGCUUGGCAGUCACCUUCCUCGAUAAACUAAAUAUGCGAGAAGUAAACCGGACUGGUGACCCAAAUACGCUUUUUCGUUCAAACUCCCUUGCUUCAAAAUCCAUGGAGCAGUAUAUGAAGAUUGUGGGAAUGCCAUUUCUGCAUGAAGUUUUACGACCCAUCAUUACCAGGAUCUUUGAGGAGAAGAGAUAUGUUGAACUUGAUCCUUGUAAAAUUGAUCUGAACCGCAGCAGACGUAUCUCCUUUAAAGGCUCAGUGUCUGAGCAGCAGAUCCGGGAGAGCAGUGUGGAGUUUCUUAAGGGCUACCUCAGUGACAUAAUUGAUGCCAUUCUUAGUUCUGUUGAGCAAUGCCCACCAGGGAUGCGUCUUUGCUUUAAGCAACUGCACAAGAGAGUGGAGGAGCGUUUUCCUGGACCAAACAAUCAGGAUGUAAAGUAUGCAGCCAUCAGCGGUUUCCUCUUCCUGCGCUUUUUUGCACCUGCUAUCCUCACUCCCAAACUUUUUCAUCUCAGAGAGCAUCAUGCUGAUCCCCGCACAGCACGCACCUUACUCCUGCUUGCCAAGGCAGUACAGAGCAUAGGUAAUUUGGGGCAACAGUUGGGCCACGGAAAGGAGCAGUGGAUGUCCCCUUUGCACCCUCUCAUUCAACAAAGUGUAGGUCGCUUGCGGGACUUCUUGGAUAGGCUCAUAGACACAGAAAGUGAUGCAGAGUGCAGUCAGAUGUCUCGCACAUUAUUCCAUCCAUCAGUCACCAUAAAGGAAGGAUUUCUGCACAAACGAAAAGCUGAGGCUGUACACCUGGUGACUCGCUUCACUUUUAAGAAGAGGUACUUCUGGCUUAGUAGUCAAACCUUGUCCUACUCCAAGUCCCCAGACUGGCAGGUUCGCUCAUCAAUACCUGUGCAUCGGAUCUGUGCAAUAGAGAGAGUGGAUGAGAAUGCUUUCCAGCAACCAAACAUGAUGCAAAUUAUAAGCCAGGAUAAUGAGGCACAGGGAGGACACAUUAUGUACAUACAGUGCAAGAAUGUGAAUGAGCUCAAUCAGUGGCUUUCAGCCUUGCGGAAGGUCAGCUUGUGCAACCAGCGUCUUCUGCCCACCUACCACCCUGGAGCUUAUCGGAACUCACACUGGACAUGCUGCCUGCAGUCUGACCGUGCUGUGCGUGGGUGCAGUCGGACACACUUGGCUGUGACAUUGGGUGACUGGAGCGAUCCUCUUGAUCCUGAUGCUGAGGCUCAGGUCCUUUAUCGACAUUUGCUUAUGGCAAAAGAUGUGCUCAGGGAAAAGUACCUUGCAGGUACAGAGAGUACAGGCUCACAGAAGCAAGACAUCAGAGGACAUUGUGGAAAAAGCUAUGAAGGUGCCACCGCCGCUUCCCCAGCAAAAUGUCUGUGGUCAGCCAUCGAGGAUCUAGAAAAAGCACACCAAGCUUUCGAGAAGAGGGAACGGGAGGAGGUUUCCAACCACAGUCGCUGCACCUAGAACUCUAUGAGGCAGCCUUCAUCUUGUUCUCGAAACUUUACUGCUGCAGACAUGGAAAUGUAUUUCCCACAUUUUUGUAUGAUUUCCAAGCAUAUAUUAAAUAAACAAACUAAGGGUCAAAUGCC